AUGGAAGAUAAUUAUUAAUAAUAAUAAUAAUAAUCAUGGCGGUGUCAGCGGAGAAAGGCGUCAUUCUGUACACAGUACUGAAAGUUCCGACGCUCGCUUCUUCGCGUGAAGGUGUCCGCGCGCUCAUCAGCGGUGAUUCAAGUCACCUGCCAGGUGCAGCUCGUGUCCUUGGAAGUGUUUUGGCGCCGGCGGGAUGCACAAAGGCCUGAAGAAGUACUUCGUCAACAUGGACGACUACCUGGCCAGCCUGGGCCUCUACCGCAAGAUCGUGGCGAGGGACGCGUCCAGCCUCUUCCGGGCCGUGUCGGAGCAGCUGUACUACUCCCAGAACUACCAUCACAGGAUCCGCCAGGACUGUGCUAACUUCAUGAGAGCUAACGCUAGCGUCUUUGAGCCGUUCGUGGAAGGCUCCUUCGAGAAGUACCUGGAGCGUCUGGAGGACCCCAAGGAGACGGUGGGCCAGGUGGAGAUCAAGGCGCUCUCUCAGCUCUACAGACGCUGCUUCCUGAUCUACCGUUACCCCGGGAAACCGCCCACCUUCAUCUCCGAGGACCACUUUGUGGACCAGGUGACGCUGUGCUGCUCCAUCAACGGCCACUAUGACAUCAUCUACCCCAGGACCUACCCCGCCUCCGCCGCCCUGUGCCAGGGUGUGGUGUACCAGCUGCUCUACACCAAAGUCUUUGGCUGCGAGGAGGCGGAGCUCUGUCAGGCCGUGGAGGCGUUCAGGGUGGGAGGUCGUCGCUAUAGAAACAGCGUGUGCAGCGACGAGGUUCCCGAGGAGAGAGGACACAGGUGCGCACCUGCACGCCCCCCGCUUGUGGCACACCCUCACUGUGUCGGCUCCUGCAGGGAGGAGGCGGAGUCAGGCGGCGCCACGGACGAGAAGCAGGCCGACGACGGCAAGUUGGAAGCCCCGCCCCCCUGCAGACUGCCUUACAAGGUGAUGAAGUCCCUGGACGGCGAGGUGUACAGGAACGUGGAGUUCGACGUGUGGCAGGACACCUGCAAAGAGAUGCAGAAGAGUGACUACAUGGUGUUCGCCGGGAGACAGUACUUCCUGGGAGACAAGUGUCAGGUGCGUCUGGAGCCCAAGGGGAAGUACUUCAACGCCUUCAUCCAGGAAGUAGGAACGCACUCGGCCGCCGUCACCGUCUUCAUCGAGGAGCUGGGCGAGAAACACCUGGUUCCACUGACGGACCUGAAACCCGUCAAUCCGGUUCCCGCCUGGAAUGUGGCGGCGCCGUCUCGGAAAGGAGACCCCGAUUGCGACACUCGUGGUCAACGCCAUCACCGCCAUCGCUACUUCAGGAAGUCCCGGGGCGGUAUGAAAGGGGCGGAGCUUUUGAUAGCUCCUCCCUCGUAUGGGGGUCUGGGCCCCUCCACGCUGCCCCCCCGCUUCCAGCCUGCGGGUCACCCUCGCCCCCCUCCUCCUCCCUCUGCUGGAGCCAUGACCUAUGACCUCUACGCUCCGCCCCACCACCACCACCCCCCUGCCGGACGCCCACCGCGGUAUGGCACAUCCAGAAGCUCCACACGCUUCCUGAACCGCCACCUGAUUGGUCCCCAGUUGACCUACUACCCGCCCACUGGGAGGCGUUACUAUGACUACGAGAGCUACGCCUUCAGGUCUCGGCGCAGUCGGCGUCAGAACGCCAACAAAGAAUGUCAGUUCUCCUUCUCGGACGCCACAGAAGACGUGACCUACUACCAGCUGGACCACAACCAGGGCCCGUCUGUGCCCCAAUCCCCUGCCAUGGCCACGCCCCCUGCAGGCUCCUCCUACAGGGUCCAGAGAGGCUCGGGGCCCCUGCCAGGCCCGCCAGGAUCCACCCUGGUGUGUUCCUCUGAGGAAGACCAGGAAGAUGUCAACACUGUGGAGGCCCCAGAGUUCAGAGAGGACUUCAUCUACAACACCCAGGAUCCCACCUACCAGACUGCCAGCAUCUACACAGCUGCAGAGUCUGCCACCAGCCAGGAUCAGCAGGAAGGGGGCGUGGCCAACUCUCCACCAAGAUCUGAUAUGACCUACAGCUACACACAGCAGGUGGUGAAGCCAUUAGGGGUCAUCUCUUCUUCACCUUCAUCCUCCUCUUCCUCAUCACCCUCUUCCUCCUCAUCUCGUGCACCUGCUGCCACUCACCUGCCUGUGGCAUCACAUGCUCCACCUCGCUCAGUUGCCAUGGCGAUCCCAGCAGCCUCCCCCUGGUUGGUUAACGAGAUGGGCGAGACUGUGUGUGCGGUGCUGACUCCGCCUCCUUACUCCUAUGACCCCAAUGGCAACGACCUACCCAGAGACUACAGGGUGCUGCAGUACUACUUCAACCUGGGCGUGCAGUGGUACUGGCAGCAGCAGCAGGUGUACACCCCCCCCUCCCCCGACCCCUACCAGCACUGCCCCCCCUACCUGGGCCAGGACGCCGGCCCUCCCUCCUAUCCCGAGGCAGGACGCGGACCCCAGCAGCCGCCGUCCUUCCCAGAGUGCACCAGGGCUGCUGACGGACAGGCGGAGUCUCAGGGCGGCAGCGGCCCCGCCCCUUCCAUGGAGGGCUGUCCUCUCACUGGUCCGCCUUCAGGCCCCGCCUCCUCCGCGCUCUUGUACCAGGAUCAAGCCCCUCUACUGCACCUGCCGUAUGAUGCUCCACCCCCUGCUGGCUACCUGGCCCCGCCUCCUGCCCCUCACCACGCCCACCACACGCCUUACCAGCCGUGUCUUCCCUGGGGGGCCUUCCACGCUGGCUCCCGAGUGUACUGCCCCACCACUAACCCCGCCCACGUGGUGGGCUACCUUGCGGCCCCCACGCACUACAUCCCCCCUGCUGUGUGA